UUUCUUUCAGUUAUGUGUUUUAAUUUUGCCCAAGACCUUUGUCCAGAGCAGAGCCUAAAAGAUUCCUUCCAAAAAGUGAUACUGAGAAGAUAUGAAAAAUAUGAAUAUGGCAAUUUAGAGUUAAAAAAAGGUCGUGAAUGUGUGGAUGAGGGUAAAGCACACAAAAGAGGUUAUAAUGGACUUAACCAAUGUUUGACAACUACCCAGAGCAAAAUAUUUCAAUGUGAUACAUAUGUGAAAGUCUCUCAUAUAUUUUCAAAUUCAAACAGACAUAAGAUACUGGAAAAAAAACCUUUCAAAUGUAUAGAAUGUGGCAAAGCUUUUAACCAGUCCUCAACCCUUACUACAGAUAAGAAAAUUCAUACUGGAGAGAUACCCUGCAAAUGUGAAGAAUGUGGCAAAGCCUUCAACAGGUCCUCACACCUUACUUUACAUAAGAUAAUUUAUACUGGAGAGAAACAUUAUAAAUGUGAAGAAUGUGGCAAAGACUUAAAUUAUUCCUUCACCCUUACUGCACAUAAGAGAAUUCAUAUUGGAGAGAAACCCUACAAGUGUGAUAAAUGUGGCAAAGCCUUUAUUUCAUCCUCAAUCCUUUAUGUACAUAAGAUAAGUCAUACUGAAGAGAAACCCUACAAAUGUGAAGAAUGUGGCAAAGCCUUAAAGUUCUCCUCAAUCCUUAGUACACAUAAGAGAAUUCAUACUGGAGAGAAACCCUACAAAUGUGAUAAAUGUGGAAAAGCAUUUAUUUCAUCCUCACUCCUUUAUAAACAUAAGUCAUAG